GACAAAAUAAAAUCUAAGCAAAAUAUCCAUUUAAAUUUCUAUUAAAAUAAAAUUUAGCAUACUUAUUCAAUCUUUCCCUCUCUCGCGACCGUUUGGCGGCUUCGUUAAUCUCUCCAUCUUCCUCGGCGAUGCAAAAACCAGUACGGCAGCGCAGCAGCGACGGCGCUGGCGCAAAAAGGUAGCAACUUUAUCUCCCUCGGACUAGCUCUCUGUCACGGUGCCACGGCUUCAAACAAAAGGAUUGAAGAUUAUGACUUUAUUCAAUAUCAUACCAUUCUAUGCCAAUCUCCUUGAACUUAGCUUUUCCACUAAGAACCUCAGAAGCCUAAAGCAAAUCCAUGCUCAAACCUUGAUGCUUGGAAUUUCAAGUCAUGAUUUCAUUAGAACAAAACUUAUAGCUUCUUAUGCUUGUUGUGCCCAAUUGCAUCAAGCAAAUCUUCUCUUCUCUUUCGCCAAUCGCCAACCAACAUUCCUCUUUAACACCCUCAUUAGAGCACAUUCCUCUCUCAAUCUUUUCUCCCAAUCUCUUCAUAUAUUUCACCAAAUGCUUCUUGCACACAAACCCAUUGACCACCAAACCCUUCUUCCUGUGCUCAAAUCUUGUGCUGCUUUGUCGGCCUUAAGGCUCGGUAGACAAGUACAUGGAGCUGUUUUGGUUAAUGGGUUUGGCUUAGACUUGCCAAACUCGAAUGCAUUGAUCACAAUGUAUGCCAAGUGUGGUGAUUUAGUUGGCGCUCGUAGAGUGUUCGAUCAAAUGCCUCUGAGGAAUGAGAUUUCAUGGUCUGCACUAAUGGCAGGGUAUGGUAUGCAUGGGAGUUUUAGUGAGGUGUUUGGAUUGUUUGAUAUGAUGUUAAAGGCCGGUGAGAGGCCAGAUAGUGUGACUUUUACGACGGUGCUUACAGCCUGCAGUCAUGGCGGGUUUAUAGAGAAGGGGAAAGAGUAUUUCAAUAUGAUGGAAGAGAAGUUUCGAAUAAGACCUGUGUUGGAGCAUUAUACAUGUAUGGUGGACAUGUUAGGGAGGGCUGGACGAGUAGAGGAAGCAGAGGAGUUGAUUUUGGGUAUGAAAAUAGAGUUAGACGAAGCCUUGUGGAAUGCUUUGUUGGGUGCUUGUAGAAUACAUGGGAAGGUAGAUGUGGCGGAGAGGGUGGAGGAAAAGCUUUGCAGAAGGUGGAUGAAUCCAGUAGCAGCUGCUGCAUAAGUGAUAUUUCGGACUAGCUUGUGUGCACUUCAACCUAGUCCCUCGAAGCCCUAACAACUCAACCAUGACUCUGAUGAGUACCUGCUGCAAUAAACUCAGAACAGUAAGUAAUUUCACACACAACAGUAAUUAAUAGAACAGUAGCUUGAGAGAGAUGAAAUGGGGAGCUGUUAUUUCAUUCGAGGGAAAACUUGAGACCAAGGUCUCUUACAGAAGUAGAGAGCAAAAGCUCCCCAUGAUGCAGAGAGAAUUACUCUAAUCUUUGCAUAACCGAUUCUAGCUUUACUCACACAACAAAAGGCAGCUCACCCUACACAAAAUCACCAAAAGACUCUCACUAGCCAACUCAGCAUUGUUUACCCCUUCUCACAUAAGUAAAACCUUAGGCCUAUGGUGUCCAUCAGAGUUUGCCCCCAAUGGCCUCGAGAAUUUGAUGUAUGGAAAAUCAAACAUGGAAACCAUAUGCCUUACCACACAUCCUAACUGUCAUCUUUGCCACUUGGCAAACCCUUGGGAGUUUAAGCAUUGUUGCCUUAUUACUCUUUAUUAUAAGUCUCAAAGAAGAAACUUUGUCCAAAGUAACUUUUGAACUGAGUUCUUGGCUUGAGAAAUUUUGCUGUGUAUCUGGGAUGUAUAUGUAUUUGCUUGCAGGUGAAGAUGGACAAAAAAGAGUGUCAAAAAAAUCACCACUUUUGUCAAAGAAUCAGCUGUAAAAACCGCCACAAGAGAAGACAGUAAUCAUGAGAACUGUUUUUUAUUCCCUGCUUGUAAUAAUAUCUUAUGUUACUAUGA